AUGUCGAUCCGGAAUCUUUCGUCAGCCUGGGCGUCGCGCGCGUCCCGGACCGCGCUUCUUCGGCCCGCCACAAUACAAAACGCUGCCUUUGUCGCCCGCGCUCCUGUCAAUUACUCACCACGCAUCCUCCGCACCCUCCAGCACGCCAGGUUCCAGACCACCGCCGUUGGACCAACGACAACACCAGACACCACAACCACCGCCGACGCAGCCGCCCCGACCGACCAAGCCCCGCGCACCCGCUCCCGGCCCGUCCGCAUCCUCCGCGCCGCCCUCCUCGCCGCCCUAUCCUUCACCCUCGGCUUCGCCAUGUCCGCCGCGCCCGCGGCCCCCGUCGUCGACGACGUGCUCUCGCCGCCGACGGACGCCGAGACGCUCGCGCUCUGGCAGCCGCAGCCGGGCUCGCGCGCGGCCGAGAUCGAGGCGCAGCUGCAGGCGCACCCGGCCGUGGCGGCGCUGCGCGCCGACGCCGCGCUGGCCGAGUCGCGCCCGCACAUGCGCAUCCCCAACUCGCUGCGCGCCAACAACCUCACCGCGGGCACGCUGCUGGGCGAGGACGAGCUGGUGGUGCCGGCGCUCGCCUUCGCCGCCCCCGACGGCAGCCGCAUGACCAGCGUCCACUACGUCGGCCCCGCCCUGUGCGGCCACCCGGGCGUCGUGCACGGCGGCCUGCUGGCCACGCUGCUGGACGAGGGGCUCGCCCGCUGCUGUUUUCCCGCCCUGCCCAACAAGAUCGGCAUGACGGCCAGCUUGACCAUCAACUACAAGGCCCCGUGCCGGGCGGGCCAGUUCAUCGUGCUGCGCGCAGAGACGACGAAGGUCGAGGGCCGCAAGGCGUGGGUCAAGGGCCGCUUGGAGACGCUGGUGGACGUGGACGCGGGCGAGAAGCCGCUCGUGUUGGAUGAGGCCGAGGCGCUGUUUAUCGAGCCCAGGCAGGCGGCUUCGAUGGCCAAGCUCUACAACCCCAACCCGUAG